AUGACUCGUUCCAAGCCCGAAAAAGAGAAAAAUUCCGCGUUCCUUCUGAAUGCCACUGGUAAAAGUGCCCAUACUUUGUUCAAGAACUUGGCAUAUUCUGCUACACCCGUUUCUGUGCCAUACGAGGAUUUACAAUUGCUCCUUCUACAGCAUGUGAAGCCUACUAAGUUUGAAGCCUUGGAGAGGGUCAAAUCCCAUUCAGUGGGACGCAAUCCAAACCAGGGUAUUCGUGAAUUCGUUUUGGAGUUACUUACACCAGUUGUAAAGUGUGGUGAUUUACUGGAUAUGCAUUUGAAAGAUCGGUUGAUUACUGGCAAUAACAAUAUCAUUUUGCAAAACGAACUUCUGAAGCUGUGA